AUGUCUCAGCGGUAUCGUGGAAAGGCCACAACUAAAUCAACGCGAAGGCCACCUGAAGAACAGGAGACCGCGCCUGGUUGGCCUCCACUACAACCAUUAAUUCCUACAACAGAUCUUGCUUUAGAAACACUUUUAGAGGACCAGAUCAUUCUCAUCCGCAAUCUCUUUACCUCUACGCUGUGCAAGAAAUAUGUCUCUUUCUUGUCUUCACUCCAGUUGAUCACUACCCCUGCGAAACCCAAAGAAGGGGAAGCAAUCAGGCUCAAUGACCGCAUUCAAUUCAAUGACCCUGCCUUUGCCGAACAGCUUUGGGGUUCUACAGGACUUAGAUCCCUUAUCAGUGGCUCGGCAGAGAAUGUCGAACCUAAUGGUCUUACAUAUGAAGGAGCGAAGAAGAUUUGGGGAGGUGAAGUCUGUGGUCUCAAUCCACGUAUCCGAAUCUAUCGCUACGGCCAGGGACAAUUUUUUGGUCAGCACUGUAUGUACCAUAAAUAUCCUAGUUCAAACACCACCGCAUUGAUAUCCUGCAUUUGA